UCGCCGAUGAAAGAAAUGGAAUGGGAUUGAUGCAUCCUAGAUAGACAGGAAAAAGAUCACACACAGGGCAUGCAGUGCAGACAUUGUUUUGUUUGCAGAAGCCACCUUCCAUUAAAUUCCAGCAAGCAUGCAUGCAUGCAUCCAUCCAUCGUACACUACUUGUUGGCUGCUGCAAAGCACAAAUCUCAGGCUUUCUUCGGCGAAGAAAGGGGGGAUGUUACUGUUAGCUAGUGAGUGAAGCGGCGUAGUUUUUUAUUAAAAAGAAGACGACAUUUUUCAAGCAAGAAAAACGAUGUGAAGCAGCAGGAGGAGCAUGCUAUGCUAUGUACACGUGGAAGCAAGGAAGGCACUUGGUACCGCCCCUGAUAAUGGCUCACAUCUCGUACCGACUCUAGACGGUUAGGAUAGAGACGGCAGCAGUUGCCGGGAAUAGAAAAUCUUUACUACUUGGUUGGUGUGUGUCAGUCAAAGCAGUCAUGACUGAACCUGAUCAAGUGACUGGAGCAGAGCAGAGCAGAGCAAGCAGCAGAGCUCCAGGUCUCCCACUCUCCCUUGUUUGCCUCGCUCCACUCCUUCCUCGCCGUCUCCGCCCCCCUGAGCUCCGCCCCAUGGAAACCAAUAUCCCACCACCUCCCACCUCCGCCGUCGCAGGUACCUCUGCCCUCCUUACACCCACACAGAUGACCAGGAGGAGGAGGAGGAGCCCCCCAAUGUCUGCGCCGGCCGAGCUCCUGGACCUGGCCUCCAUCGGCCCCAACGUCGAUGCGCCGGCCCUCCGUUUCCUCGCCCUGCACUCCAACAGGAGGAGGAGGAGGAGGACAUCCACCUCCUUCGCCAAUCCGCUGCUGCAGUACCAGCUCCCUCCGCCACGUCCAGAGGGACCACACCAUCGUUCCCAUUCCGCCGGCUCGCACAAAGAUGAUAGCAGCAACAAGACCCCAUCACCUGUUGCUGCUAUUGACCACAAGCUGCUGCUCAACCUCAGUGCACGCCCUGCCAUGCCCAUGGCUCAUGAUGGAUCCCCAGCCCCAGGGCCAGCGCUAGCCAACAAGAAGAGGAAGCAACAAGGUGACGGGAUGGAUAACGCCGCAGCAAUUGAACAAGAAGAGGAAGCUGAUUUCGCCGUUAAAGCUGCCAAUGCUGUUUCUAAUUCUGCGCUACCGAUCAAGAAGAAGAUGAAGAACGCUGCGCAGAAGCAGCAUUUCCGGAAUCCUGCGGCACUUCAGGCUGCCUACAGCUGUGCCGAAACUCUCGGCACAUUUGGACCUCCAUCUGCCACACCACUCCUCCAGGAUCUCCCUCCGAUCACGCUCAAUGCACCUCCACCUGUUCCCAAGCUUCCACUCACGGACAUUCGGAAGAACCUUGAGACGAUGAUCUCGUCCUUGACCCGCCGCUCCUCAUCGUUUAACUCGCCUGAAGAAGCAAAGCCGGCCGUGGGUAGUCUUGUGGGAGAAAUGCAAGGUCUUCUGGCCAAGGUUGACAAGAUGUUGCAGGGUGCUUCAUCUUCCACUGCUCAUCGCUAUUAACCUCAGCCUCAGCAGUACCAGUAUCUUCAGGUACUCAUCAGUAUUGCUAGGUGAUGAUGACCCAGUCAGUAUUGUAUGCUGCUAGGUCAGAUUCUGGUACUGAUCAUCUCACUAUAACUGCUGAUUUUUUUUAGUCUUGUGUAGCGUGGAUCCUGCGACCCAUUUCAGCAGCUACAAUCCUAGUUUCUCAUCUCAUGUAGUCAGUCAUGUAAAUGCAGGUAAGAGUCAUCGCUAUGUGUAAUGGUAGUACCAAAUUAUGCUAUGCAGUAUCCUUAUCCCUUACCAUAAUAAUAUCCUCGUGUAAAACUGAUUAGGCCUGGAACUGAAAACAUUGGACGGAUUUUCAAUCUUCAACCUGGGACGACAGUAGCAAUGGCAAUCCUAUUACGAGUUAACAUCUUGUAGCCCAAAGAGAAUAAACAAAAUCGAGUAAACACGUGGGCCAAUCUUUCAGCCGACUGCUGUAUUUUUAUUAACAAGCAAUUGGAUCCUUCAGUAUUUCAGUCCAAUUUCCAGUUAGUUACCCUUCCUGCAGUUUUAGUUAUGCGGCUUGUGCCUGAUUUCCUGCUCCAGAGACGAAUAUGCUCUUCUGGUGCGUGCAGGACGGGUCUGGGGAGAGCAUAAACUGAUGAUGACCAUGUGUAUGUAUGCCACUCAUUUUCAUCCUUGGUAGACCCAGAAAACAGCUGCUGGAGAACAAUUAAAAGGAAUAAAGU